GUGUCUCCGCCCGUGAGAGACAAUGAGCCGGAGCCGAAACCGAGAACGCGCACAGUGGCGGGCGUGUGCGCGCGCGAUCCCGGUCGUCUCCCGCAGUCCCCUCCUCAGCGACAUGCACGAGAAGGCGCUCGCGCGGCUGCGGUGAUGUGAGCGGAAGGAAGGAUGGCAGCCCCGUACGGCCGCCGCGUGCUCCUGCUCGCGCUGCUCUUGACGUGUGACCGUGCGUGGGGCGCGCUCGCCGGACCCGCGCCGGAACAGGGAGCGCUGGAGGUGCUCAUCAGAGUUCAGGUGUUUGACAGCAGUGACCUUUCACCCCUGGACAACGCGGCUGUUCAAGUGUUUGGAAACCAGUCCACCUUGGUGUCCAGCGGGGCCGACGGGGACGGGCUCCUGACGGUCACCUUCCGCUACCAGCUGGGCACAUCGGUCAUAGUCGCCGCGUCCAAGAUGGGCUACGUGAGCAACUCGGUGCCGUGGCGGGCGAACCGCAUCCCCUUGUACUCUUCGGUGAGCCUCUACCUCCUCCCCCAGCGCCCGGCCACCCUCAUCCUGUACGACGACGUGGUCCAGCUGCUCUCGGGGUCCCCAGGUGCCAGGCACCAGCCCAGGGUCCAGUUGCAGAGGAAGGCCGUCCACCUGCCCUCCGACUCCUCCUACUCGGAGCUGUGGGCGGUGCUCACGGCGGCCAGGAGCCAAUACGAGAUCGGCGCCUUCCCCUACAUGCUGGGCCGCGACACCAACGGCACAGGGGGAAACGGCUCCUGGACGGACAUGAGCCCCGUGGCAGCGGUCAGCGCCCACCUCGUCGCCCACAACGGGAGCGCCGUCCGCGUCACGGAGCCCGUUCACGUGUCCGUGCCCCUGCCUUCCGACAGCCCCGUGAAGGCGGCCACCAGCGUGCCCGUGUGGCGCUUCGACGACGCUACGGGGCUCUGGCUCAGGAGUGGAACGGGAUACAUCCGACAGGAGGGAACGCUGUUCAUCUGCAGCUUUGUGGCGCAACAGCUGGGCGACUGGGCGGCGGCGCUUCCCUCAGGCAGCGGGGUCAGUCUGGGCACCUCGGGCCUGCGGGACAUCAGCUCCUAUCACACCAUCUUUCUGCUCACCAUCCUGGGCUCCAUGGCCCUGCUGGUGCUCAUCCUGCUGUGUUUGCUGCUCUACUACUGCAGGAGAAGGUGUCUGAAGCCACGGCAGCACCGCAAGAUGCACGUCCCCUCGACGAUGGACAGCUCGAGGAGGGACCAGGGCACCUCCAUGUCUCGCCUCAACCUCAUCAGCGGGGGCCACGCCGACACGGCCUCAUCCAAAGACGACAAGAACGCCCUCAAGUGCGACUUGUCCUCCUCGCAGGAGUUCUUUGGACGUGACGCCGCCCACAAGCUGCAGCACUCGAAGGGAAGUGGCGACGGGAGACCCUGGCGGGGCGAGAGCUUCCCGAUGAAGGUGACCCACUCCACGGAGAUGGGCGCGGACCCCCCGCUGCUGCCCAGCGACUACGCCAGGAGCUGCGGCUCCGUGGAGGACAAGAGCGGUGACGGCCGCCGACGCCACAACGCCAACGAAAACCAGGGCUACUCCUCGGACCCCCCGUCGUCGCCGCCUUCGGCCAAGCGCUCCCAGAACCCGAAGCCGGACGGAAAGCCGCCCGAGUACUCGGACCCGGUGGCCCGGCCCACCUCGCUGAACACGCAGCCCAGCCAGUUCAUCUUCUGCAGCUCCAUCGACCAGAUGAAGGAGAACAUGUACCGGAGCAUGGUGCCCACCCUGGUGAUCCCGGCCCACUACAUGCGCCUGUCCUCGGACUUCUCCGGAGCGGAUCCGGCGGCGGAGCCGCAGCACAAAGCGGACAAGGAUGAGGUUCCCGGGGGCCGCCUGUCCACGCCUCAACCCCAGCAGCAGCCGCCGACCGUGAGCCCGCCGGGUGAGGACCCCGAGGGCCGCGGCUGGGCCCCGAACCCCUCCUCGGGACCCGUGCGCAUCCCCGUGCUCUUCGACAACUCCACCAUGGCGCAGAUGAACGGCGAGCUGCAGGCGCUGACCGAGAAGAAGCUGCGGGAACUGGGCGUGAGACAGCACCCGAGGGCGUGGUUCAUCUCCUUGGACGGGCGCUCCAACUCGCACGUGCGCCACUCCUACGUCGACCUGGGCGAAGAAUUCGGCCUGGACUCCAUGGCAGACGUGCGCAAGGGCAAACCGGCGUCCCAGCGCAGAGCCAAGGGCGACAAGGGCGGUGGCGGUGGCAAGGGCCACGGCGGCAAGGCCUACGCGAAGCUCUCCUACCUGGAGGACAUGGAGUCCGGUGGCGGCGGCGAGGGACCGGCCACCAUGUGCUCGCCAGAAGACAACUCGCUCACUCCUCUUCUGGAUGAGGAGCCGGAGCCGCGCGGGGCCUCCGCUACCCGCCGGGGCCGCAGCCGAGUCAGCAGCGGGAACCGCCGGGACUCGGCCACCAGCCUCGAGGACGAGAACGAGGCGGACGACAAGGACGACGAGGGCGAGAACAAGAAGAGCCCCUGGCAGAGGCGGGAGGAGAGGCCCCUCAUGGUCUUCAACGUCAAGAAGUAGGGAAGAGGUUGGGCCAGGUGCGCUCCCUGGGUCAUCGACCGUGCUCCAGCGUGACCACCUCGAGUGCCGCUCAACCGCACGGAAGAACAGCGGAGGUCUCCACGAUGAUGAGGGCCGGCUUCGUGGUUUCAGAAGGUCCUCUGGGACUGGCACCUCUGUAGACUAAGUGAGCUUGAGUCGAAACGCGACGACCUCAUGACGCACGUUACUCGGACACGGCGGCGGCAGCGGGUGAGAAAUGGUGCGACUCGCUGCCGUGAAAAUGGAGCACGGCUCCGUUCCUUCAAGGGCCUCGGUGCUUCCCCCUCCAUCUCACGUUGCGCGGUAAAGAGUUUGCGUCUGUUUUGUACCCUGGUAGACUGACAGCUUUCCUUGGAAGGGGAUGAUUUUGCUCGAAUUGGCUACCCUGUUGUGAAGACGAGAGCGCCCCCCCGGAGUGGUCUCUGAAAUGUGCUGUUUUUGCGUGGCUGGUUUUGCGGAAUGUUCAUCAAAGUGUUUUCACCUGAGCGCCCAAGCCGUCGAAUGAGGACACAGCAGUUACGAGGCGUCGCUUCACUGCCACGACAGGACUUUGAACACUUGUUUUCUAAUUUUUACCUUUUUUAAUUUUUCCAAAAAAAACAAGCCAGUGGGUGUAUUAAUUUUACCAAAUGUAAUAUUUGUUAUCGUGAACACAGAAACAGAUGUUUACUCUGAGCCAUUUGCUACCAAACGUCCUUUUCUGCUCCAUUUGUAUAACUUUGCAUCGUUUAAGGAACAAGGUGUUCUGCUUUGUAAUAAUAGCAGUGAGAAGGAUUUCCAAAUCGCGGGGCUCUGGACCCCCUGGGUCAGACCGGGCUUUACGGUCAGCGCAUGUGUCUGAGUGUCUCACCAGUUCACGGUAAGUUUAAAACCUCACAACAUAGUGGUGCGACAGCUCUUCGGCGGCUUAAGGCCCAAAACCGCGUUGUAAAUUUUCAGAGCACAUUGUCUGAAGUGUAGUGCACGGUGUCUCGCUUUCCCAAGGAAAUUUUGUCCCGUUUUGGGAACGGCAGCUUCACCGGAGCUCUGCUCUGGGCUUUGAAACCACGAGGUGCUGUAGAACCCAGGCGGAGGGUCACGGGUUCGGUGCAGAGUUGAGAUUAUUUCAAUAAAGACUUGCCUGAAAUGUUAUUUCCCGGAACGUCAUGCUUACGCAUCUGGUUACGGUCCACAUUUUGCAGCGCUCCAGUUUUCUUAAGGAUGGAGUUAAAGGGAAGCGGGGGGGGGGGUCGGCUCUCCCUUCUUACUCGUGAACGUGGGGAAGGCCGCGUCCUCGGCAUCCACCCCAGCCGGUGCCGCGCUUCUCCCUCAAGUGCCUUCUUCGGCAGGGCCGUUGCGGACACGAUGCACCCGUCCGCCCGCGGCACAGCCCACGUUAAAGUGGACAGGGGUGGACAUUUGGACCGGAAGCUUCCAUUCACUUCGCAUCGCUUGAUGCGCAGCACAAGUUGUCAGUUAAGUCAGAAAAUCAUGCCUCUUAGCGAGUAAACCUCAGCUAACGGUUCUUUAAGUUGCAGACGUUUACGGACGAAUCCCGGCCGAUGGGCUUCGACUCCGGGCGUCUCUUCGCCCGCGUUUGGGUGCGUGGCCUCGCAGGGCCCAAUUCUGGGAUAAAUCGCAGAAAUACACCGUUACGCAAAGGCUCUCGUGCCAUGAUUCACCACGUGUCGCCCAGGUUUGGUUAUCCAGUGCUAGUCCCUCAUGCACCGUAGCCAUAGCAACGGGGCCUUCGUGGGCUCACGCUCCUCGUGCUGCCGAGCACCGAACUCGUUUCUAAGUUUAAUUCUCUUUAACUGAGAGCCCAGCAAGUUAGAAAAAACACAAUUUCCUUGAAAGGCUCCUUGUAAACUACUAUGUGGAGAGAUGUUGCAUACAAAGCCUGUGUAUUGUGUGUGUGAUGAGCACGUGUGUGUUGUCCUGUACAGUGGUGCUGACAGUCACUCAUAAGAACAAGACAUCGUGGACAAAUUACUCAGAGGACCAAGUGUCAUGUCUUUAACGGCAACAUCCUUUAAACAAGCUUGUGUGUACACUGUUCCCUUUGGUGAAAUAAACAUAUUUAAAGCGUUAAACAUGGUAUGGGGUGCGAACUGUGCUUAAGUGGAGCAUCUGGUGUAUUUUGAUCAGUGGAAACCGAUCUGUGCUUUUCUUACGGUAACCAGUGUAAAACACACAAGAAAAGCCUUGACCUGCAGGGAUCCAUUAAUGUACCUCCACCACGUUUCUGUAGUCCAUCAGUCGAGGCCCCACGGUUGUAGUCUGAAGGUUGUCGGUUCAAACCCUGUCUCCAUGUAACUACUG